AUGGGUCUUAAUUUCAAGCGACCGUUUCUGGCAACUUAUAUCAAAUUAUGUAUGCUAAUAACCUAUUUUGCGCCUUGUUUUUACAAGUACAGGACAGCUGUGUUAUUUAAAUGCAAUUUUAACUACAAAGAAUCGUCAGCGGCAGAAGAAGAAUCAAGUGUGGAUGAAUCUCUGGCAAUUAAGAUUCGAGAAGUCCGACAUAUGCCUUUAGUACUUGCUGAAGAAGCAAAGCAAGCCAGAAUUCCGUACAGCUUUAACAUAAUCAUAACUUUACAGUGGAUUUCAUGCACAUUAUCCUAUCAAUUAUCGUUAUUUUUUGGCAGCGUUUCAUCAGUAUAUCUUAUUUUUGCUUCAUCACCAUUAUUCAUGGUGAUAUUAUCGCCUUUAUUCAUGCCAUCAUCUGCUGGUCGUAUCACAUUAACUAAACUUCUGCUUUUUUUCUGUAAUCUUAUCGGUAUUGGCUUAGCAUCGCAUUAUUUAAUUCCACUGCAAGGUACAUGUUUUGCAUUAUCAUCCGCCAUUUUGUAUGCACUGUACUUCGUUUGCAUGUCAUAUCAUCAGCAUGCUGGUUAUGAUCUCGAUGUUAAUUUCAUUUUUGACGAUAGAAGUAGAAAAGUCGCAGGUAGUAUUGGCCUGUUAACGAUGAUAUUUUACACUCCAUUUUUACUAAUUUUGCAUUAUUCUUCUGUGGAAUCACUUUUUCCACUACCUAAUCAGCUACAGUCUAUACUGUUACUUUUGAACGGUUUCUUGGAAGUAUUAUUCAUUAAUAUAUUAUGGCUGUAUGGCACAGCACUCAGAAGCACUAUGGCAGACAUUAUUGCUGUAUUCAUAUGCGUGCCAAUAUCACUUCUCAGUGAUACUUUACUUCAAAACCAACCUUUGACCCUUGCACAGUUUAUUACAGCUUUACCUGUUCUUUUUUCACUUAUUGGAGCGGCAUUUCAAAAUGUUAAGGAUGAAUUUGAAAGCAAUGAUUUGAUGCAUAAUGAAUUAAUUCUUGAAGAGGCACAGAAUCUAAUAGAAGAUUCAAGUGAUGAUAAUGGUCAUCUUUAG